AAAAUCUUUGCGUCUUAUGUCGGUUUAUCUGUAAGAUUUAACUAGGCAUAUCGUCAAUAGCCAGCAGCUGCUCCACUGGCUUGCCAUUGAAAAACAAAAAACCUUUCGAAAAUGUCGAUACUCUCAAAAUUCCGGUUUGGACUUAAAAUUGUAGGCGGCAGUCCGCAGCGUAUUCUAAAUUACCGUUAUGGCAGCCAGUGCGGGGAUGUCGACCCGGAGGUGAUGAAGGACCUGGAGGAGGGCUACAAGAAGCUCGCUUCCUCCAACUCCAAGUCGCUGCUGAAGAAGCACCUCACAAAAGAGAUCUUCGAGAAGCUGAAAACAAAGACAACGCCCCACUUCAAGUCCACGCUGCUGCACUGCAUCAACUCGGGACUGUGCAACCACGACUCCGGCGUGGGUGUCUACGCCCCGGAUCCGGAGGCGUACACGGUGUUUGCCGACCUGUUCGACCCGAUCAUCGAGGACUACCACAAGGGCUUCUGCAAGGCGGCCAAGCAUCCGGAGGCAUGUUUUGGAGAGGGCAAGGACUUUGAAAACCUAGAUCCCGACAACAAAUUCAUCCAGUCCACGCGUGUGCGCUGUGGCCGCUCGAUCGAGAAGUUCCCCUUCAAUCCCUGCCUGACGGAGCCCGAGUACCUUAAGCUGCAGGACAUGAUCUCUUGUGCUCUGAUGUCCCUCUGCGGUGAGCACCAAGGCAAAUUUUACCCUCUGGACGGCAUGGAUCCGGCAGUCCAGAAGCAGCUGAUCGAAGAUCACUUUCUGUUCAAGGAGGGCGACCGAUUCCUGGCAGCAGCUGGCGCCUCCCGCUUCUGGCCCAAAGGCCGCGGCAUCUUUCACAACGAGGCCAAGACUUUCCUGGUUUGGUGCAACGAGGAGGACCACAUGCGCAUCAUUGCGAUGGAAAAGGGCGGCGAUCUGGGCCGGGUGUACGAUCGCAUGAUCUCCGGUGUGGAGGAACUGGCGAAGGAGCUCAAGUUCAGCAGGGAUGAACGUCUUGGCAACCUGACCUUUUGUCCCACCAACCUGGGCACCUCAAUUCGCGCCUCGGUUCACAUAAAACUACCGAAUCUUACGAAAAAGCCGGAGGAGUUGCAGAAGUUGGCUGACAAGUACAAUCUCCAGGUCCGUGGCACUCACGGCGAGCACUCUGAGGCAAAGGGCGGGGUGCACGACAUCUCCAACAAGCGGCGCUUGGGCUUAACCGAGCAUGAGACCAUCAGGGAGAUGCACGACGGGAUUCGAGCUCUGAUAGAAGCCGAGGGCAAGGCCAAGUGAUAACAGCAACAAUGCUUGAUAUACUUUACAUCAGUUAAGAACUUACUUACUUGCUGUUAUCGAAAUUUUAAAUUUUAAAAAUAUAUGACAAGCCCUGAUCUGGA